AUGGAAGAUGAAGAUCGCUUGUACCGACUAAAUGGCGUCGCUCACGUGGUUGGAUACAUCGACGCCGAGCCUGCUAAGUGGCGUCCUGAGACGCACACCUUCCAUAUGCCCUUUGGUGAGUGCAGUAUUACUUUGCAAGAUGUGGCAUAUCAACUGGGUUUGCCAAUCGAUGGUGAGCCCGUCAGCGGGUGCCUGACUGAGUUUGAGAAUCUGAUGGAGCAGGGUAGACCAGCAUGGGUAUGGUUCCGCGAGUUGUUUGGGGAGUUACCUCCACAGAAUAAAGUCAAGCAGAUGACAGUGUGCUACACAUGGUUCCAUGAGAGGUUCCGGGUUCUCCCAGCAGAUGCUACUGAUGAGACCGUGCGUAUAUACGCACGUGCUUAUAUUAUGAUGCUAUUGUCGUCUCAGCUGUUUGCAGAGAAAAAUGCAAAACGGAUCCACCUUCGUUGGUUGCCUUAUUUGGCAUCGUUGGACGACUUGGGCAGAUAUAGCUGGGGUUCGGCUGCACUGGCCUGGUUGUAUAGAUGUCUUUGUCGUGGGACGAACAAAAACAUUGUUAACUUGGCCGGGCCGCUACAGCUUCUACAGUCUUGGAUUUUCUGGAGGUUUCCCACGUUGAGGCCUAGUGGGUUUGAUGUAUUCGGGUUUCCUCUUGCCUCCAGGUGGACUACGUUUCUGCCGAGGAACGAUCAUGGGGAUCAAAGAUUAGUGUCUGCACGCCUUUCCUUGGAUCGAUUGCGUGUCCACGAUACAAGUUCUUUAGAUGAAUCAACAUAG